AGAAACUUGGGAAGACGUUGAAAGCAGAACGGAAUUCACCCCACCAAGCAACCUCUUCAUCUCCCUUUCUCUAUUUCUUCCUCAGAUACGCAGAGAGAGAUAGAGAGAUUACUUUAAGGGUUUGUUAGCCUAGACGUUGCAUCAAUCGCUGGUAGACAGACCUCUCUUUCCAAACCUUCCCUAGCCCUUUCCCUCUCUAACGGAAAUAAACCCUCCUUAUAUUCUCCUUUCUCUGCCUGUUUUCUCAUCUUCUUCUUGCUUUGCCCUCCACAAGCUCUUUUACUCUCUACCCACUCCAACCCAUAUCACUUGUUCUUUAAUUUAUUUGGAUUCUUGAACUAACUAGCUUGCUAGGGUUUUUCCUCUAUUGUUGUUUUAUUUGGAUAUAUAUUCUUUGGUCUUCCUUGUAUUGUAAAAAUCAUCAGAUGUGUACCAGAGGUCAUUGGAGGCCGGCUGAAGAUGAGAAGCUUAGGAAGUUGGUCGAACACUAUGGUCCUCAUAACUGGAACGCCAUAGCUGAAAAGCUUCAAGGAAGAUCAGGGAAGAGCUGUAGGUUGAGAUGGUUUAAUCAGCUGGAUCCAAGAAUCAAUAGAAGCCCUUUUACAGAAGAGGAAGAAGAAAGGCUUCUCGCAUCUCAUAGGAUUCAUGGGAAUAGAUGGGCUGUUAUUGCAAGGCUUUUCCCUGGUCGAACAGAUAAUGCUGUGAAGAACCAUUGGCAUGUUAUUAUGGCAAGAAAAUGCAGGGAAAGAUCCAGGCUUCAAUCUAAAAUAGCUGCUCAAACUUUAGUUAACGACCAAAACCAUUGCUCUUCCUCCAAACAAGAUCGUGUGUUGUUCAAUUCCCAAACUACCAAUCUUGCCUCAUUUGUCGGUAAAUACUGCAGUAGAUACUAUAAUCAGCAUACUUUUCCUCGCAACUAUCUUCGAUCCUUUUGCCAAAGCAAUGAGAAUCCCAGUCACCUUGAAGGUAAAAAACAGGCUUUUGAGUUUUAUGAUUUUCUCCAAGUGAAAACAGACUCUAGUAGAAGUGAAGUGAUAGACAUUGCAAGAAGGGAUGAUGAGGAGGUAAAUCAAGAGGCCAUGGAACAGCAGAUAAAGGCUGGUUUGCAAUUCAUUGAUUUUUUAUCAGUUGGGAACUCAUCUUAGUACAAGUGUCUGAUGAUGAUGAAGAUGAUGAAUUGACUUUGGAUAUAUACACUUUAAGAGCAUAUAUAACUGAUUAGAACUCUACCUAGCUAGAUAUGUACCACAACUGCGUUGACAUUACAUAUAUGUAUGUGUACUUAGAAAACUAUAUAUAUAUAUAUAUAUAUAUAUAUAUAUGUAUAUAUAACAUGUACGUAUGAUAUUAGUAGAGAAGCAUGCAGAACUUGCAUGCAGAUAUAUAGAAAGCAAAAGCUUUAUGCAUGUGCAAUUAAGAUGUUAAUGUAAAACCCUUAUAUG